AUGCUCCUAGAAAUAGGAUGUGUGUGCCUACUUGUGAGCGUCUGCGUCUGUACUAAAGAAUCGAUUGAUGGUCAUAGUGAGCUGGGGGACAAGAAAAAGGGACUCAGGAUGCCAGGAUACAUUGUAAAGAGGAUGGAUAGGAGGCGGAAUUUUCUGAUUAGGGGAGCUGCAACGUUUGUGGUUUUCGCAUUGGUUGCAUUGGUCAUUCGGGAUAGAAUUAAGAAGAGGAGACCCCGGGUUACCUAUGAACCUAUUUGGGAAAGAGACCAACAAAGAAUCAAUUAUCUGAACAAUAAAAUUUUCAAGUGUGAUGUGAGAUGUAGAAAUAUGUUAAGGGUUGAAAGAGCACCCUUUUUUCGAUUGUGUGAAAUUUUGAGAGAACGUUUGUUGCUGAGAGACAGUAUACAUGUAUCCGUGGAGGAGCAAGUAGCAAUGUUCUUGAAUACUAUUGGCCAUAACCUUAGAAAUAGGGUUAUUGGGGCUAAUUUUGACAAGUCAAAUGAGACGGUAAGCCGUUAUUUUAGACUAGUCCUUCACGCAAUAGGUGAGCUACGAGCUGAAUAUAUCAGUCCACCUUCCUUGGAAACUCCAGCCAAAAUUGCAGGGAACCCACGGUUUGACCCAUAUUUUAAGGAUUGCAUUGGAGCAAUUGAUGGUACACAUGUUCGAGCAUCAGUUAGUAAAGAUAUGAAACCUUCCUUUCGUGGUCGGAAGUCUUUUCCUACUCAAAAUGUCAUGGCAGCAGUAGAUUUUGACCUUCGGUUCACAUAUGUUUUGGCGGGUUGGGAGGGGAUAGCACAUGAUGCGACCAUUUUAGCAGAUGCUAUAGAGCGGGAGAAUGGCCUGUAUGUCCCUCAAGGAAAAUUCUACCUAGUUGACGCUGGUUAUGGAGCCAAGCCUGGGUUUUUGCCACCUUUUCGUGCCGUGAGGUACCAGUUGAAUGAGUGGGGCAGCAAUCCAGUACAAAAUGAAAAGGAAUUGUUCAACCUUAGGCACUCAUCUCUACGAGUGACGGUCGAACGUGCCUUUGGAACUCUCAAGAGACGAUUCAAAAUUCUUGAUGAUGCAACCCCAUUUUUUCUUUUCCCGGUUCAAGUUGACAUCGUUGUAGCUUGUUGCAUCCUUCAUAAUUAUGUGCUGUCUCAAGGGAUUGAUGAGUUUGUUAUACUGGAGGUGACUUGGUCCACCAAUACCGUUCGGGCAUCAAGGGGGCAACCAAGUAAUAAUAGGGCAAUGACAACAAUGGAGGGGGGUGGAGUGAUUGUGUGGACAAAUUCAAUGUCUGCCAUGAUGCUGAUCAAUUUGGCCAACCUUGUGGCUACUGGCGUAAGAACAUCAAGUGGUUUCAAAAGGGUGCAUCUUAACAACUGUGCAAAGGCUUUGAAUGAACACUUCAAGACAGAUAUCACUCAUGCUCAGGUUAGCAACCACCUUAAAAAAUGGAGGAAGGUUUGGAUCAAUGUUACAAAGCUUCGAAAUUUGAGUGGUGCCCUAUGGGAUGAGGAUACUUCCACCAUUCUUCUGGAUCCUGAACACUAUGCAAAUCACAUCAAGGACCACAAAAGUGAUGCGAACUACUUGAAUACCCCCAUUGAGCACUAUAAUGCUAUGGCCACAAUUUUUGAAGCAUCUAUGGCAACAGGAAAGUUUGCCAAGUCUGGAAAUGAUCCUUUGAAUUCUCUGGAAGUGCAUGACAUUGAAGAUGAGGACACACCCAAUGAAAGUGCUACCGAGGUUAAUAUGUCACCAAAUCAAGGGGACACCUCUCAAACAAAUCAAGGUGAGUCUUCUCAUACCAAACCAGCAUGGAAGAAGGCAAAGUUAGACCCAAAAGAAGAAGAUUCUCUGCUGUCCACACUCAAGUUUGGCCUUGAAAGGGUUGUAACAGCGCUUGAGAAGAGUGGUAAAGAUCCUGAGGCAAUACCAAAAGGCCUUUGGGAUGAUUUAGCAAGUCUUCUAGAGGGUGACAAUCUUCCUCGAUUUAUUAAUGAGAGUCAUCUUGCACACGACUAUGCCUAUCUUGUUGACAAGCCGAGAACUGCACAGGCCUUUGUCACGCUUAGCACCAAAAACAAGUUGGUUUGGGUGGCAAAGUAUGUCACGGACACCUUUGGUAGUAUCUAG